CCAUGCUGUGAAGGAGGGGGGCAGAAUUGGGUCGGUGCUGGGAUCGGGACGGUCCCUGCCCCUUUUUGGUGCUGGGGGUGGUCUGGCAGUUGUGGCCCAGUUCUGACGGAUAUGGAGACAAACAGCUUCUGGUACCCCGGUGGCCUUCCUUGCAGCCCGUGGAUGGGGCAGAGAUCUUUACUUCUCCCUGGACACCCAAGGAUGGAGCACUGACACCAUGGCAGCCCCCAUCCCAUCACCACCUCAGGUGCUGUGCUUGAAAAAGGGAACAUUGCUAAAGCAAGUGUUUGCUCUCAGCCGAGCAGCAACACCCAGAGAAAAUCGUCUGUGUGCUGCAGGUGAUGCACUUGUGAGUUACCACAGACACUACAGAUCCCGUCCCACGCAUGGCAUUGGGAAGUAUAAACAUCUGCUCCCAAAGGAGGUUCCAAAGAGAAAAAGGGAUAGACUACAGAUGAAAGAGAUAAAUGUUGGCACUGAACAUGAGUACGGAGAUAUUAACAUCCAGAUGACUUCCUAUGAUAUGUGUCUCGUGGAGCACUUUGCUCAGUAUGUGCAUAAACUCUGCAACCACUUGUCCAUUAGAGUGAAUGAAAGCUACGCGAUGCCCACCAAAACCAACGAAGUGCUGUUCUUGGAAGAGCGAGGCUCCAAAAUGCAGCUGGAUGCAGUCCUCACCACCCACCAGAGGGUUGUCCAGAUCAGCAGAUUGAGCUCAACGUUUGCUCCAAUAUUCUUGGAAAUUAUUCAGAGCAAUCAGCCUGAAGGGGUCCAUCUGUUAAUGAAAGAGCACACGGAAACUGACUUCAAGAGCCGACUGAAAUCCCGACCAGAACUCGAAGAGCUGCUGGCCCAGGUGAGCUGAGGUGCUGGAGAACACUCUGUCCAUUCCAGAGCCAUCCCUGGGAACGCAAGGCUGAUCUUCCUCAGCUGCUCAAGCCUCCAGAAGGUUGACUUUGUGAGCUCUGUCCUGACAAGGAGAAAUUUCCAUCGUUGGGAAGCAUCUCUUCUAUGAAUCUUAACAAGGACAAAUACAUACCUUUGUGUCUGA